CAAAGGUCUGCCUCGACAUUACCAGUCCCGCACACAAGCACACACGCUUGCAAUAUUGCUUUGGUGACGUUCCUCCCAGAGUUCAGCCUGGCCGGCACAACCAUUCCGGCCAAGGGGGAGGAGGACUUCCUCACGCUGGCCGCCUCCCGCCUCAGCCGCAAGAAGCGCGUGAUUGGGGCUGGAGUCGGCGUGGCCAUGGUCCUGGUACUGCUGGUGGCCAUCCCCCUACUGGUCCACACCACCAAAGGUGGCGCAUCCGGAGGGGGCACGCAUUACGAGAUGCUGGGGAGCUGCAAGAUGGUGUGCGACACUUUCACCCCACCUCAAGGAGAGCUGACAGGCUCCUCCCCUCAACCCCCAGACUUGGCAAACCGUAGGGGCAAACAGGGUUUUAGAGGAAACCCAGGACUUCCUGGUCCCCCGGGCCCUAAAGGUCCCCCCGGAGAGCCUGGGAAACCCGGUCCACCUGGGCCGCCGGGACCUGGGCCUGGUGGCUACGGCCCUUCCUUGUACACCCCCAAGAUCGCAUUCUAUGCCGGCCUGCGGAAACAACACGAAGGGAGUGAGGUUCUGAAGUUUGAUGACGUGGUGACCAAUGUGGGGAACUACUAUGAGCCCACUACGGGCAAGUUCACCUGCCCUCUGCCCGGCAUCUACUACUUCACCUACCACGUCCUGAUGAGAGGAGGGGAUGGAACGAGCAUGUGGGCUGACCUCAAGAAGAACGGGCUGGUGAGGGCCAGUGCCAUCGCCCAAGACGCAGACCAGAAUUACGACUACGCCUCCAACAGUGUCAUCCUGCACCUGGACGUGGGCGACGAAGUGUGCGUACAGCUGGACGGCGGCAAAGUUCACGGCGGCAACACCAACAAAUACAGCACUUUCUCUGGAUUCCUCAUCUACCCCGACUGACACGUUGCUCUCGCUCGUCCCCGUUCUGCAUCUAACAGGCUGCGAUUUCAUCAUGCUGUAGGUCGGGCCAACUCAAAAGAGAAUAUCCGGCAAAUGAAUAUCUAAUUGUAUUUUCAUCAGUUAACAUUUACCUCAGACAAACACCUGGUUCGUUGUAAUUCUGUACCAUGAACAGUGUCUUUCACAUUUGCUCAGACACACACACCCACACACGCGC